AUGUCCUUGAAGCUUCUCCGGCUGCGUACCGCCGGGCAAUGCCACUUCCUGCCGCCGCUGCUGCUGCUACAUCUCGUCCCCGCCCUCCUGCUCCUGCCGCCCUCACGCCCGGCGUUGGCGGCGGCGGCGACGGUGGUCACCCACCUGCCAGGAUUCGAUGGCCCUCUGCCCUUCAACCUUGAAACAGGAUACGUGGGCGUGGAGGAGGAGGCCGGGGCGGAGCUCUUCUACUAUUUCGUCGAGUCGGAGAGGAGCCCCGGCACGGACCCACUGCUCCUAUGGCUCACCGGCGGUCCCCGCUGCUCGGUCAUUAUGGGCCUGGCCUUUGAAAUCGGUCCUCUGAAGUUUGUGUUGGCACCGUAUAGUGGCGGUUUGCCGGAGUUGGUGUAUAACCCAUAUUCAUGGACAAAGAUGGCAAACAUACUCCUGUUGGAUUCACCGGUGGGUUCAGGUUUUUCGUUCGCUCGUGAUCCCAAAGGCUACGAUGUUGGGGACUACUCAUCAUCUUCGCAGGUCCAAACAUUUCUGAAUAAGUGGUUCACGGAUCACCCGCAAUACCUUUCAAAUCCUUUCUACAUUGGUGGAGAUUCAUAUGCUGGAAAGGUGAUUCCACUUAUUGGACAAGGCAUUUCAGAAGGAAUUGACGUGAGGCAACAACCUGUUAUCAAUCUCAAGGGAUAUAUGGUUGGCAACCCUAUAACAGAUCCAAAGUUUGAUGAAAAUUACAAAAUUCCAAGUGCUCAUGGCUUUGGGAUAAUAUCUGAUCAAAUAUAUGAGAGUGCGGUGAAGAAUUGCAAAGGAGAUUAUGUUACCCCCGUGAACAAAAUGUGUGUUGAAGUGUUGCAUACUAUCAAUAAUCUCAUUUCUGAAAUUUCAAUUGAACACAUCUUGUACAACAAGUGUGACGUAGUUGCGCCAAAGACCAUAGAUGAUGCUUCAAGAAGAAAGUUUUUGUUGGAAGAAUCUACCCAGUUAAACACGCCACCUGCUCGUCCAACUGUAGAUUGUUUUACAUAUGGUUAUUACCUAGCUUACUUUUGGAUGAACAACAACAUGACUAGAAAAGCUCUUGGGAUCAAGGAGGGAACAACCAAUGAGUGGAUACAAUGCAACAUAGGGCUCCCCUACACAUAUGAGAUACCGAGCAGUAUACCAUACCAUCUCAACCUCACUACAAGAGGUUAUCGUGCACUUGUGUACAGUGGAGACCAUGAUCUGGAGGCACCAUUUCUUGGCACACAAGCAUGGAUAAGAUCCUUGAACUUUUCGAUCGUUGAUGAAUGGAGAGCAUGGCAUCUUAGUGGGCAGGCUGCUGGAUUUACCAUAGAAUACACAAACAAUAUGACAUUUGCCACAGUGAAGGGUGCUGGUCAUACUGCUCCAGAGUACCGGCCUAAAGAAUGUUUUGCCAUGGCUCAAAGAAAGAUUUGGUGGGGGAGAGAAAAGCAUCCAUCAAGGCUAGAUUUAUCCUAUCAGCUCUGA